UAGUUAUCGUACGCUUCCAUAUCUAAUGUGUGCACUCUGUAUGUGAAUGAAUGACUGAACCUCUCUGGCGUAGAGGUUUUGUAUUAGGUACGGCCACCCAGGUGAUUUCCGUACACAUGCUUUAAGGGAGAUAAAUGGUCAAAGUGCAAAGCAAACCGCCAGCCAGUGUGAAGAUGAAGGAGCCGCUGAGCACCUGCACCUACAACCUGCUCUACCAGGACCUCAAGAGAUUCUCAAAAAAUGGAGAAUAUUUCUGCAAAGAACUUGUAACAGUAUUCCAGCAAAGAUCCGAGCUGGAAAUCAGCUACGCUAAAAGGCUGCAGAAACUUGCUGGAAAACUCCUUAGUGUGUCCAAAACAAUGACUAGCAACUCAACAUAUAAUGCCUGGUCCCUUGUAUCAAACGAGAUGUUCUCAACAGCAGAGGCACACAGAACACUAGGGCAAAGUCUUCAACAGGAUGCUGUUGUGGAAAUCCGUCAAAUGCUGGAUGAACACACCAAGAGGAAGAGACCACUGGAAAAUGCAAUUGAAAAAUCAAGGAAACUUGUUGUGAACAACUGGAAUGAACAACUGAAGGCAAAGAAAAAGUUGACUGCUUUAACCCGGGAGCAUGAAGCACUCUUUAGCUUUGUGGAAAAGAACAAACACAUCUGCACAGAGAAAGAGAAGCAGAAGAUGUUUAACAGAUUGAGUAAAUCAGCAGAGCUUCAAGUGAAAGCUGAUGAAGACUACUUCAAUAUGAACCUGGACAGCCAUCAGAUUAGACUGAAGUGGGAGAACACACUUAAAAGCUGCUAUCAGAUUGUUCAGGAAACUGAGAAGCAAAGGAUAGAAACUCUGAGCAACGCUGUGAAUAGGUACAAUCUCUAUAUGUGCAGCUACAGCCAGACUCUUAUUCAUAAUCAGGAGCAGAUUGAGGAGGCUGUCAGGAGAGUGGAUGUGGAGAAAGACAUUCAAACUCUGGUGGAAAACACCUGUGUUACAGCAGAUGAUAACAAAGCUGAAUUCCUCAUCGUUGAUUACUUUGAGGAAGAAGGAAAGACAAUAAUGGAAAAAGAAAGACGAAGAAAUGCGUUGAAGACGAAACUCCAGCGACUACAAGAAUUCAUUCUUAAAACCAGGAAAGAGAAAGAAGGGCUGGAGAAAAUGUUGACACUAGAUGCUGAAAAUAUCUCGUGUAAAAAACCCCUGGAGGAACAAGAGCAGCUGCUCGAAGAGUAUGUCUUAAAACUGGACCUUUUGGAGGCCACGUACUGUAAACUGAACCAAUCGAUGAUGGACUUUGAGGGGAAGCCGAAACCUUUCCAUCGUUUCAACGACAGCAUCACAAAAUUCAAAGAAAAGGAGGUUGAGCACAGUAUAGUGAAGCUGUCUCGCCCAGUUCGGAUCAAAACGACGCCAUUUAGAUCACGGCAGUCUUUCAGGACCUCGGUCAUUUAUAAAGCCUCGGUGAAAAAUAGCGUCGAGUGUCAAGACUCGGUUCCUUCUGUAGAGGCUAGUGGUGGAUCAGUCAAAUACACACAUAAGCACAAAUCUGAGAUUAACAGACCAUCUUCAAGGUCUCAGGAGGAAGCCAGGGAAGGUGAAGGUGAACUCCAGUUUAGCAGUAUAGGUAAAUGUAAGGCUUUAUACGACUUCUCGUCAGAGAAAAGGGAUGAGUUAAACAUUAAAGAAGGAGAUCUUCUCGACAUCCUUCGAAAGGACAACAGUGGAUGGUGGUAUGGAGAACUGAAUGGGAAGAGAGGUCACUUUCCUUAUAAUUAUGUCAAAGAGUUGCCUGUUUUGAAAAUGGCAAAGUCUUCUGAUGCGUAAAUCACGAAAAAACAAGAUUUCAUUAUGUACCAGAGAACUUAGAGAAGAUAGUGUAAGAAAUUGCAGUUAGGGGAAGAUUAUCCAUUACAUACACAAUUGUGCAGAUAAAAGUCCAGAGCUUUAGUUAAUGUUCACAUCAAACAGAAUUAAACAAGAAUGCGGAGCUCCAUGAGAUCUCUGCAGAUUGGUUGUGAGGCUGGUAUGUGCAGUCCAGAAACUGCUGAUCUACUGAAAUUUUCACACGCAAGUCUCUAGAUACAGAAUUAUGUGAAACUGCAUUAUGUAGAAACACCUCAUAGAUUAGGGAAGAAUGGGAAGACAAGUUUGAGCUAACAGACGCCUGCAGUAACUCAAACAAUCCAGCCAGAUUUUCUGACCCUAACAUCCAGCCACUCUCAAUUGAGAUUAGAUGUUUUUUGUGGUGUUCUGAAGUUCUUGACCAACAUCUGUGUGGCUUUGUUUUGUGCUGCAUCCACACGAUUGUCUGAAAACAAAUGACUAAAACAAAAUAAAUCCAAUACUACACUCAUCAAACUGGUUACUGAAAGGACAAUGCUGUCAACAGCAUUAACAAUAAUAAUAAUUAUAGAAAUAUGAAACAUACAGCAGUAUAAUAAACAUCCUUCAUUCAUACACUAUCAAAAGAAAAGCUAUGUAUAGGUACAGAUACUGCAGAAUAUAUAACACCGGUCCUUGAAAUCCAUUUAUAUACAUUACAUACAUUUUUAAAGUUACCAUUUACAAUAAGUUUGUUGUAUGGGAACAGCUAAUAUUUCAUUUAGAAUUUGAAAAAUAAAGUCUGAUUUUAUUGGGGACUUUCCAUCUAA